GCUGUUGCAAAGAGGUUUCAUGUGUUCUGUUGUCAUUCAAAUCCUGUAGCCUCCUAUGCAUGCAUUGCACUGCAGAAUCCUAAACCAAAAAGUAAAAUCUAUAUUAAGUGUUCUCUUUUAAAAAACCCUUUUAGGUCAAUCAGCAAUGGCUGCAGCAGAAAUCCCCAGUUAUAUUGUUUCUGCUCAGACUGAGAAGCACAGGAGGGCCAGGAACUGGACUGAUGCAGAAAUGAGAGGCUUAAUGCUGGUCUGGGAAGAAUUUUUUGAUGAACUGAAACAAACUAAAAGGAAUGCCAAAGUUUAUGAGAAAAUGGCAAACAAACUCUUUGAAAUGACUGGAGAAAUUCGCCAUGGAGAAGAAAUAAAGAUAAAAAUCACAAACAUGACAUUCCAGUACAGGAAAUUAAAAUGCAUGACUGAUAGUGAAACCCUUGCACCUGAUUGGCCUUAUUUUAAAACUAUUGAUAGAAUACUAUCUAAAGUAUCAGAACACAACGAUGUGAAAAUGCAUGACAGUCAGCAACCAGGUCCUUCAACGUCACAGACUGAGGCAUCACAGUCACCGUCUGCCAAGUCUACACCUCUCUAUUUGCCAUAUAACCAGUUCACAUAUGAAGGGAGAGAAGAAUUUUUUGAAGAUGAGCAUUCGGAGAGCUCCUCCAGCUUACUGUCAUAUAAGUUAAGAACUGAAGAGAGACCUGUAAAGAAAAGGAAAAUGCAAAGCUGUAGCUUUCAAAAGAAGAAACUAAAGUUGAUGGAAGCCAUGCUGGAGGAACAAAAGAAGUUGAGCAGGGCUAUGGAAGAAACCUGCAGAGAAGUGCGAAGGAUUCUAGAUCAACAGAAUAUCAUCCAGGUUCAGAGUUUGCAGCUACAAGAGAGAAUGAUGAAUCUAUUGGAGAAAAUGAUCACCAAAGCCAAUGUUUGAUUGGUUUUGAAAUGUUCAUGAAGAAACAAUAUUUAUCUAUUUUACAGAAAUAUUACAUUCCUUCCAGUUAAAUUAAGACUGUGUUGUAAAUAUAAUUAAAUGAAGAAUCUAAUCUAAUCAAUGUAGGAUGUGAGCCAUCUAGACAACUGGAUACAGUAUUUGUUGUUGAAAUAAAAUCUAGGCUUGCUUUGUGGAUUUAUUUUCUAGGUUCUGGACAGCUGAAAUAAUCAAUCGUGUCGAUGUGCUCAGUCACAGACAAGCACAUGAUUACUGUGGGAUUUUCUCUAGGAAGAGAGAUUUCUCACAUUAGCCCAAGUUGUUUUAAAAAAGUGUAAUCUGAAAGAACAAAUAUAUUUGACUGCAUAUUAUAGUGUGGAUUAAAAGAAGCAGCAGCAGCUUGAAUGAAUGUGGAAAUGGGACAGAAAGAUUUACAAGUGAACAUUUGGAUCAUAUAUAGACUGAAUCAUCCAUCCAAAGAUAGUACCUGUUGUAUAAUCUGCUGCAAGGACAUUUGAGCAAAA